CUUUGUUAGAGUACAAAAGUCACAAAAAAUGUAUGACAUUUGUCAUCCAAGUUAUUAUCAUAUUGGAAAAUUAGGUUGCACUGAUCCUGUAAAAAUAAGUACCACGUUUCAUGUUUAUAUUGAACUAUGUGAAGCGAGACGAUACUGGGAUGUCAAUUACAAGUACAAUGAAAGAUUGGAUGUACUAUACUUGGAAGUUAAAAGAAAAAAGAAUUCGGAGGCAGAAAUCUACAUACCGUGGCCAACAUUAUACAACAUAUCCUUGAACAAAAUAGAAGAAAUACAAGAAGGUUUGAACAGUGAUAGGAUCACAUUUGCUUUUAAAUCAGAAGAUAGUACCAGUAUUAUUUACAAAGUAAGUAAAGGGUUACUAAAACCUAUGUCCCCAGAAGUUACUAAAUUGAUGAAGGAGAAAGAGGAGAAAAAGUCAGAAUUGGAAAAAGAAAUUAGAAAGAACACUUCAAACUUAUAUGAAUUGGCGAAAUCUUUAAAUUCUGAAGAUAGUAAUAAAGAUACAGAAACUGAUGUAAGUAAAACAAAUGAAGAGACAAAAGAACAAUAAGAAAACUCUUGUUUUGUAUAUACCUAAGCAUCCCUCAAUA